AUGGUCAUGUGGUGCAUCCUGUGUUGUCAGGCUCAAACACGAGAGGACAUCAAGUGUCCGGAACAGGAAACCGCACGACCGUUGGAAUUACACAAAACGGCUUCCAGCGAACGUGUGGCGCUCAUAUCACCGAUAAAUAGUGUGAACAUGGAUGCUUCUCAUGAAUCACCGACAACUGGUCCUGAUCAUGAAUGUAAUGAUCAUCAUAUGGGUGAUACAAUUAUCGGAAUUAAUGGUAACGAUGCAGUUAAAUCUAACUUGGAAAAUAAUUACUUAGUCAAACACGCAGACAGUAAAGUUAAUCCAUUAACUGAAAAAUCUACUGAUAUCUCAAAGUCGACCAACCCAACAACUGCAACAGUACCCAGAUUAACAACAUCACUAGCACCGUCAACCCCUGAGACUGCACCGUCAACAAGAGCAAAAUUGGUUACUACAAGCCUGGUGGAACCUACCACCACUGCAACCGCAUCGGAACAGAUAUCAAAAAGAUCCCAAAAGACGCAUCGCGCAGAAGGAAUGAGUGUUUCAUUUAAUACGCCAGAAGAAACGUCAAAGGCUGAUCGACCCCCGGGUCAACACAGUGUGACUGGGAGACCAAUCUGGACGCUGAAAGAUGUGCUCGAUUCACCGUACAAAUAUGAGCCGACCACAGACGGAAAACCGGAUGAGCUUAUCAUUUCUGUGAGUGAUUCGAAACCUUAUCAGACUGAGACCAAAUGUGUCGAUUCAACAGAACAGAGUGUUUCUGACAUCAGUACGUCCAAGCCUAAUAAUGAUGGUGGUAAUAAUAAUGGUGGUAGGGUACAACUGUCUCGGCGACACACUCGACCUGGUUCAUUAUAUCAUCCUCACACCACCUUUUUCUUGCCCCGCAUUUCCACCGAUCCAACAACGGGUCAUCAUGCGUUGGACCACGCUUACGCUAUGGACGGAAAACUUCUACCCAUUCGCAGAGGAUCCAUGAUAGUUCGUUCAGGUCGAACCACCGCAUCGUCCACAAAUGUGCAAUCCAGUGCGAUUGAACAGACUACCACCGGUGCACCCAGUGCCGGUGUGGAAGGAUUUAUUGUUACACCGUUUGCCCAAGUGUUGGUCAGUAUGCAACGAAUUCGAAGCGCUUUUAUUCGGUUAACAGCCACACAAAGUACCAAUCGGUAA